AUGGUUGACAGGAGCUUGCUAGGAGUUGACUGUUGUAAAAACGCUAAUAACACGAUGGUAGUCCAAAAAAAGUAUGCACAUACCGGCUCGGACGUCGCCCGGUCGAACAAGGUCCGCGCUGCAGCUUUGGGGACUAGAGGCUGCAGUGUAAAGUAUGCUACUGAGUCCCAGAAAGAUAGACUGAAGAUGGGGUUGACAGUUGGAGUUUGGAAUGUCAGGUCAUUGUGGCAGACAGGGGCUUACGCGUUGAUGAAGAAAGAACUUGAACGAUUCAGAUAUGAUGUGGUUGGUUUGUGCGAGGUCCGAUGGACAGGAGAUGGAGAAAUGGAAGGUGGGAAGAUAUUAUGGUCUGGAACAGAGAGGGAGCACGUCUAUGGAGUUGGAAUGGUUAUUGGCAAAAAAGCAAAAAAAGCACUGUUGGAGUACAAUCCAGUGAAUGAAAGAAUGAUGUAUGCGAGGUUUAAGGGAUACCCGAGAGACAUUGGUGUGGUAGUGGCCUAUGCUCCAAAAAUGAAUCACUCGUGGGAAAAUGCGGUAUAG